GAAAGAAGCGACGGCUUAUAAAUGGCGAGAGCUCAAUUCAUUCAGCAUCACUUGUGAAAGAAGAGAAUUCAGAGCAGACAAAAGAGGUACAAGUAGAGACACGCAGUGAGAACCAGUUGAGACACCGGCGAGGCCCUCAAUUCACCGACAAGACUACAUUCAAGGUUUUUCUAUCGAGGUGUGAGAACAAGGAAGCAAGCAUGAAGCUGCUGUGGGUUGUAAUGCUGGUCGCCGGCACCGUGUUUGCCGAUGACGACGACAAAAAGGAGAAUGUGGGGACAGUGGUUGGAAUCGAUCUUGGAACUACUUACUCAUGUGUUGGAGUCUUCAAGAAUGGUCGUGUGGAGAUCAUUGCCAACGACCAGGGUAACCGCAUCACCCCCUCAUAUGUAGCCUUCACCAGUGAAGGUGAGCGUCUGAUUGGUGAUGCUGCAAAGAACCAGCUGACUUCCAACCCAGAGAACACCGUUUUUGAUGCCAAGAGGCUGAUUGGCCGCACGUGGGGUGACUCCUCCGUGCAGCAGGACAUCAAAUAUCUGCCCUUCAAGGUUACUGAGAAGAAAAGCAAGCCCCAUAUCCAGAUUGACAUUGGUGGUGGUCAGAUGAAGACCUUUGCUCCAGAGGAGAUCUCUGCCAUGGUGCUGACCAAGAUGAAGGAGACUGCUGAGGCCUACCUUGGGAAGAAGGUCACACAUGCCGUUGUCACUGUCCCUGCCUACUUCAAUGAUGCUCAGCGCCAGGCAACAAAGGAUGCUGGGACCAUUGCUGGACUGAAUGUUAUGCGUAUCAUCAAUGAGCCAACUGCUGCUGCCAUUGCUUAUGGCCUGGACAAGAGGGAUGGCGAGAAGAACAUCCUUGUGUUUGAUCUUGGUGGCGGCACCUUCGAUGUUUCCCUCCUGACCAUCGACAAUGGCGUGUUUGAAGUGGUGGCCACGAACGGUGACACUCAUCUGGGAGGCGAGGACUUCGACCAGCGCGUCAUGGAACACUUCAUCAAGCUGUACAAGAAGAAGACCGGCAAGGAUGUGCGCAAAGACAACCGUGCUGUGCAGAAGCUGCGUCGUGAGGUUGAGAAGGCGAAGAGGGCCCUGUCUGCCCAGCACCAGGCCCGCAUUGAGAUCGAGUCCUUCUUUGAGGGAGAAGACUUCUCUGAGACACUGACCCGUGCCAAGUUUGAAGAACUGAACAUGGACCUGUUCCGUUCCACCAUGAAGCCUGUACAGAAAGUGCUGGAAGAUGCUGACCUGAAGAAGUCGGACAUUGAUGAGAUUGUCCUUGUCGGUGGCUCAACCCGUAUCCCGAAAAUCCAGCAGCUCGUGAAGGAGUUCUUCAACGGCAAAGAGCCCUCCAGGGGAAUCAACCCCGAUGAGGCUGUGGCUUAUGGAGCUGCUGUUCAGGCUGGAGUGCUUUCUGGAGAGGAGGACACUGGUGACGUGGUUCUUCUGGAUGUGUGCCCCCUGACUCUUGGUAUCGAGACCGUUGGAGGAGUGAUGACUAAACUUAUUCCCAGGAACACCGUGGUGCCCACAAAGAAAUCCCAGAUCUUUUCUACGGCUUCAGAUAACCAGCCAACUGUCACCAUUAAAGUAUAUGAAGGUGAGCGUCCUCUGACAAAGGACAACCACCUGCUGGGCACCUUCGACCUGACCGGCAUCCCUCCCGCUCCUCGUGGCGUUCCCCAGAUCGAAGUCACCUUCGAGAUCGACGUGAACGGCAUCCUGCGCGUCACCGCCGAGGACAAGGGCACCGGCAACAAGAACAAGAUCACCAUCACAAACGACCAGAACCGCCUGACGCCCGAGGACAUCGAGCGCAUGGUCAACGACGCCGAGCGCUUCGCCGACGAAGACAAGAAGCUGAAGGAGAGAAUCGACGCCCGCAACGAGCUGGAGAGCUACGCCUACUCCCUGAAGAACCAGAUCGGCGACAAAGAGAAGCUCGGCGGCAAGCUGUCGGAUGACGAUAAGGAAACCAUCGAGAAGGCAGUGGAGGAGAAAAUUGAGUGGAUGGAGUCCCACCAAGAUGCAGAGUUGGAAGACUUCCAGGCAAAGAAGAAGGAGCUGGAAGAGGUGGUUCAGCCCAUCAUCAGCAAGCUCUACGGCAGCGCAGGCGGCCCUCCCCCCGAAGGUGAAGGAGAGUCUGAGAAGGAUGAGUUGUAGGCACGGUUGAAGUCAUCUGUCGCCCCUUGCCUCUCUGGUAGUGGCAACAACGAAGUUUGACUGAUGGGACUCAAAUAGUGAGAGGAACGUUUGGGGAAGGAGUGACGACAACAAGCAACCAUACUGAUUCCUUAAAAUGACUUUCAGUGUGCGAGAGGUGUUUUCUUCGCCGUGAGGCGGAGGUUUUCGUCAGCCCGGAUACGAGGCUUUUGCUGCUGUUCUCAGGCAGUCGUGAUGGGGAGGUUCUGUAAUGUGGAGGGGGUAUUGCAUGGGGGGGUUGGGUGGGCUGGUUAUUUGUGGGGACAUAAAUUAGGGUGUCUGUGGGAUUAAGGGCUCUUUAUGUUCACAGGCAGUGCUAAAAGUUAUUUAUUGAAUCUGAUCAUUGUACUUCUGGAAGGACAUAAAAUAAAUGUUUGAUAC